AUGCACACACUCAAAGCGACCGCGGCCUCGUCGCUGUCCCUGCCGGCGGAUAAUUACAUCUACACACUUGCUGCUUCGGCGCCAGGCAGCUUUGCUGCAAUUUCCUCGGAUGAUUCGCUGCGUGUGUUUGACGCAUCGAGUCUGGACCGCGUCUCUGUGGUCGCCCAUAAGACCCACGAUGCCGGCGUCACGGCGCUCCGCACCUACGCGGCGGGAGAGUCCCAGCUUCUGGUCACUGGAGGCCGGGAAGGAAAAAUAAAGCUGUGGGACGCACGGGCGGCAAAAGCCGUAGUAGAGAUGGAGACGUCAAGAAACGCCCCAGUACUCUCGGUGGCCUGUUGCCCUGAGACCCAGACUAUCGUUGCGGGCACCGAGCUCGUCUCCUCGCAAGCCGUGGUUGCAUUCUGGGAUAUCAGAUCGCCACAGGCACCACGCCUCCAAUACGUGGAGAGCCACAACGAUGAUAUCACUGAGCUCCAAUAUCACCCGAGCCGCAGCAAUAUCUUACUAUCCGGCAGCACGGACGGACUGGUCAACGUCUACGACACCACUGUGGUAGACGAGGACGAGGCCCUUGUGCAGGUUAUCAACCACGGCUCGGUCCACCACGCCGGAUUCCUCUCCGAGCGAACGAUCUACGCUCUCAGCCACGACGAGCAUUUCUCCGUGCAUCCGGCCACUGACCCAGACGACCCCGCCCAAGAUCCCGAGCCCGUGCAUUUUGACGACGUCCGCGACCCGCUGGGCUGCGAGUACGUCGUUCAGAUGUGCGUUGGCAGUCAGGGGCCCUACAUCGCAGCCGGGAAUAAGAUUGACCAACGUCUCGAUCUGGUCCCGCUUGUUGCCAGCCCGACGUGGCAAUUUGACAAGGAGAAUCUUUGGCGUCUGCCCGGAGCUCAUGGUGAGGAGGUGGUACGAGCAGUGUACUUGGAUGAGCAGAGCCAUUCGGUCUUUACCUGCGGCGAGGAUGGAUUUGUGCGGGCGUGGAAGCCUGCAGAAGAGGACUGGGAAUCUCAGACUCAGACUGGAUCUGCGAAGGCCUCUCGGCCGAAGGAGAAGAAGCAGAAAGACCGUUUCAAGCCGUACUAG